UUUCCCUUUGAAAAGAACUGGACUUGAACAGUUGUCAUGGCCAAUAUGAAGUCUCGCAGUGAAGAUGAGGAUGAUGAACGUCAUUCUACGGACCCUGACAGUAGAGACUCCAAGAAUUCCAAAAAGACCCUGUGCAAAAUUAAAUGGUCCCGGGAUGAGGAUGAGAAGCUAAAGAAGCUUGUUGAGCAACACGGAACUGAUGCUUGGAAAUUAAUCGCCAAUUAUUUCCCAACUAGGACAGAUGGUCAAUGUCAGCACCGUUGGCAAAAGGUGCUCAACCCGGAGCUGGUGAAAGGACCCUGGACAAAAGAGGAGGAUCAGAGGGUGAUUGAGCUGGUUCACAAGUAUGGGCCCAAACGGUGGUCAGUGAUUGCCAAGCACUUACAGGGCCGCAUAGGCAAACAGUGCCGAGAGCGCUGGCACAAUCACCUCAACCCAGAAGUGAAGAAAUCCUCCUGGACCCAGGAAGAGGAUCAUAUUAUCUAUGAAGCUCAUAAACGUCUGGGCAACCGGUGGGCUGAGAUCUCAAAACUGCUUCCUGGACGGACAGACAACUCCAUUAAGAAUCAUUGGAACUCCACCAUGCGCAGGAAGGUGGAACAUGAGGGUUAUUUGCAGGAGAGCAGCAAGAGCUACAGCAGUGACCCUGACCAGAAGAAACGACCCAAAUCCAGUCCAGCUGUGGAAUAUCAACAUGACCAGAAUCAAAUGAUCAUGAGUGGCCAAUCACAGCCACCCAGAUAUCCGUAUGGUUCACAAAGUGGCCAGUGUAUGGAAAACAUUAGUGUCGAGAUCUCUAGCUUUAUGUCGCCUUGCCAUGACGACCCAGACAAAGAGAAAAGAAUUAAGGAGCUAGAGCUGUUGCUAAUGUCAGCUGAGAGUGAAGUCAGAAGACAGUCGGGCCCUCGUAAUCCAGAGAGCUACUCCAGCUGGACGGACAGCCUGCCCGAUGAUACCACCACCACAGAGAGUGUGGAGGGCAGAGGGGUCGAGCUGUGUCGUUUAGAGGAGGGCCAGCCUGCUACGAUGCCUCUUCCUGUCUCUCCCAGCAAGUUCCUGGCUGCUGAGGCCAGUGCUGUGCUGUCCACACUAGAGACCAUCCCAGAGUUUGCAGAGACCAUGGAGCUUAUUGACUCUGAUCCUUUGGCCUGGAGUGAUGUGACCAGCUUUGAUCUCACUGAGGGAGGCCCCUUUCCAAAGUCCACUAACCCCACUGAUGAUUGUAGGACCCUGGAGAGGUGCACAGAAAGCCUGGCCUAUCCAAUAAAUGCUCCCACUCUCCCCGCGAUGAGCAGGCAGUGUGGUGCGGUGAACCAGGGCAAGUCUGUGGCUCCUUCUAACACCUGCAUGAACAGAUUCAGCUCUCCACCACCGUCCAUCAUGACAAAGAAGAGGAGAGAGAGAGGAGAUCAGUCACCUGCAGAUGAAAGGAGCUGUGCAUACAUAGACAACAGUGGGAACUCACCAAAAAACACCCCUGUCAAAGGCCUGCCAUUCUCACCCUCUCAGUUCUUCAAUGUGUCUGGUGGUGAGCCCUUGAGCCUCGACAAUCCUGCUUUUACAUCCACUCCAGUGUGUGGACAGAAAUGCCUCCUCAACACACCCCAUCAUAGAGAGACCACACCAAAACACCAGAAGGAGAAUGCAGGAUUCAGGACCCCAAAACUCCAUAAGAACAUCACAGUCCACACUCCAAGAACACCCACUCCUUUCAAAAACGCCUUGGCCGCCCAGGAGAAGAUGCAUGGCCCGUUAAGAAUGGUGCCCCAACCACUGGCACUUCUUGAGGAGGACAUCAGAGAGGUUCUGAAAGAGGAAACUGGGGCUGACAUCUUCACACAAAUGCAGAACCAACCUCAGUACAGAUCUUAUGAGCAGAUGGAAGCUCCAGCAAGGAAAGUCAGAAAGUCUUUGGUACUGGACAGCUGGGAAAAAGGCUGUUUAAAUGUACAACUGUUUCCACAACAGCAGAUUAACAACAAUGGAGCGUCUUGCAGUGACGACCUACUGACCAGAUCCAUGCUCAUGAUGCCAUUGACAGAGAAAGAGGAGAACUCUUGCUCUCCUGCAUCACUGAAGGAAUCAUUUUCCAUAGUUCGCUCCCUCAGCCCACAGGACGAGAGAGGAAACAUGACCCAAAGGAGCCCACCUUACCAAACACCCGCUCUGGUCAACAGCGAGUGGGAGGCGGUGGUUUUUGGGAAAACGAAGGAUCAGCUGAUCAUGACCGAGCAGGCCAGGCGUUACUUAAACACCAACCCCACCACCUGCAUUUCCAGAGCUCUCGUCCUUUGAACAUCAUUACUGCACUACAGCAACCCUCCUCUUUUCCUCUAUCACACCGACAUUUAACCUCUCAGACAAUCUGGUGUAGGAAACAGAAAACACUCGCUAUGAUGUUUGCUAAACACCUAUUGAUAUAACAAUGUACCGCUUAAGAAAAAAAAAAUGUAUUGAAAUG